AUGCAGCCCACCCGGUGGUUGAUUGAGCCUCAUGGGAAAGUGCGGCUCCUCUUGAAGUUCUUCUCGGAGGACAUUGGAACGUACCAGGCUGCGCUUUGCUUCGAGGUGGUUGGAGGAAUCAACAACAACGCGCCGGUCUCGAUUGCAGCUUCAGGGAUCACGGCCUUCCCAGGCAUCAGCAGUGACCCACGCAAUGUCUUCACCCGGCGGGCGAAGAUGAAGCCAGCAAGUGGAUAUGCUUCGAAGCAGUUCAUACUCUCAACCGGCGUCUUCGAGUUUGGGCCACUACUCAUCGGCCGCAGCGCAGAUUCCCGGGCAGAUGCUGCGUCAGAUCCACACGUGAAGCAGCAUGUAGAGAACUUCCGCAUCACCAACAACUCCCUGUUCAAGGCAGACGUGGCUUUCGCUCUGGCCUCGGCUUCAGCGCCACCGGCUGAAGACCCUGGGAAGAAGCCUCCUGGACUGCCGGCCGUGGAAAAACAUCGGCUGAUAUUUCAUCGAGGCAUAGGAGGGAAGAAAGGGGAGGCGGCGCCCACAGCCUUCGAGGCCAGGGCUCUUCAGCACGAGGCGAAGUCUUUUCUCUCCGGGGCAGCGGAUGAGUACCCUUUCUUGGUAGAGCCCUCCGAGCUGGAGCUGGAGGUGGGGGAGACCAAGGAGCUGAAGGUCUCCUGCUUCCCGGUCAAGGAGGGGACAUACACCGACACCAUCAUCGCCAAGAUCACGGACAACCCGGAUCCCGUGGAGUUUGCCAUCGCCGCCAUCGGAUCCCUCCCCAAGGUGACUUUGGACACCACGGAGUUGGACUUCGACCGCAUUCUCGUCAAGCAGCGCAUGUCCAACGGGAUAAAGGUGGCCAACGUCUCCGCCGUGCCCGUGAAGUGGCGCUUGGAGGCGGCCAACGCCGUCCCUGAAGCCUUCGAGAUCGAGCCCAUGGAGGGCUGGGGCCUUGGAAUCCUUGCGGUUGCAGAGGAGAAGCACGUGGUGGUGGUUUUCCGGUCUGAUACCGCGUGCUCGCACAAGUUCGGCCUCUCCCUGCAGAUCUCAGACACGGAAGGUCUGCGAAAAUUUGAGAACGCAGCUGAGAUCCAGGUAAUGGCAGAGGCCUUCGUCGUGGACGUGGUGCCAGAAUUUCCCAACAAUGGUGUGGGUCUGGACUUCGGAGAUGUGCGAGUUGGAGCAACUGUGGAGCAGACUUUCAAUGUGGCGAACAACGGCAAGUACCCCGUAAACUUUGAUAUUAAGAUCCGGCGCAGAGCCAUCCAAGACAUAAUGAAGAUUGACUAUGGCACUCCUCCGGAGGAGGGCAAGUUCCCAGAGCUGCAGCCCGGACAGAAACAAGCCAUCAAGGUGUCGGUGGUCGCACCGGUAGCAAUGCAGUGCCCGGAGCCGAAGCGAUUUGCCCGGACGGGCAAAAACGAGGAGCUGGAAUUGUUGGUCUACGAAGCCAAGACAGGUGAGCGUGUGCAACUGGAGACACCUCUCAUCCCGCUGACCCUGCGGGCAGUGCACAACUCCUUCAACCUCGCGCCACCUCGAGGUUUGAGCUUCGGUCCUGUGAAGAUCGGGGAAUCGAACACCCGGGAGUUUGAGAUCUACAAUGACGGCCCCUUCAAAUUCGAUUGGUUCAUCUUUGAUGCCACGAACAUGAAGAUUGGCACAGAGGACAUGAAGAAACCGGAGAAGGGGGAGCUUUUGGUGGGAGACUUCAAGAUCGUCCCCGCAGAAGGUUCCUUGGCUCCUCAAGACAAAGUGAAGAUCGUGGGGACCUUCACGGCCACGGAGCCAAAGUUCUGUGAGCACAAGAUCGGCAUCCACGUGGAUGGCCUGCCAGAUGACUCCCGGUCCGGAGGAGGCAGUCGGGAUGAUGCCUUUGCUGGCGACGCUGGUGACAAGGGCUUCCGGGAAUACAUCCUGACGGCCCAGAGUUGCACGCCAGGCAUCGACACGGAGAACAUGCAGUCCAUGUUCGAGGAGCAGUUCGUGGCACCCACGCUGGAAGAUGCCAUCGCGACUGCGGGACGCGUGGACAUCCGCGCCUUCGAUGAGGAGGCCCGCUACUUCUCCUUCGGCCCCGUCUCACUGCAAGGGCCAUCUGACCGGCAAGAGCCAGCCAAGUUCCGGAUCACAAAUCCGCCCCUUGGCCCUCAUGCCUGGAACAGAUGGAUCAUGAUGUUUGACAUCAAGCCAACGAUAGCUCCAACUGGUAAAGAAGUACCCGUGCUUCCUUUCGAGCUCUCGAACCAGGAGUUGCACAUCCCACCGCACGAGUAUCGUUAUGUGAAGGUGCGCUUCACGCCUCAGGGCCUCCAGUGCUAUUCUGCAAUCUUCGAGGCGACCGUCCCAGAAGGGAAGGACGGAGCCAGUUGUAACCUUUUUGACAUUGAGGGCGGGGGGGAGUUGGAGGGCAGGCACCAGAAAUGCAUUCUCGACCAGCUUUCUUCCCUGGAGAUGCGAGGAGACGGCACCGUUCCCAGCAUUUCCAUGACGGGCCCUACGCUCUUCGGGGACGAUGGUGGGCAGUAUGACUUCGGCAAGCUUCGGCUGGGAAAGACGCAAGUGGUGGAAUUCACUCUGGCCAACCAGGGUGUGAUCCCAGCGACCGCGCGAUGUGAUCUCACGCCGAACCCUCACUUCACGGUGAGUUGUGCCCGGAGCAUUCCUUUGGAGCCCAAGGCAACGCAGAAAUUCCAAGUCACCUUCUGCCCCACGGAGUCGGGAAGCCACAGCACCUUUCUCAAGCUUCACACCCUGCACAACUCUUUCGAGGACAUGAAGCUCACCUUCGUGGGCCAGGGCUACGUGGAGGAUGUGUCCUGGGAACUCCCUCCCAGUGACAGCUCACCAGAGGGCGCGGCGCAGGAUGACUCGGACGUGCUCCGACUGGGCGAGACCUGCGUUGGCAGCGAGAAGGCCGAGGGAGUCGUGAGCUUCCAGCUGAACAACUCCGGAAAAAAUGUCCUGCGCUUUCAGUUUCCUGAGACCCUGCCGGCACCACUGUCAGACUGUCUGCAGAUCACUCCAUCUGUGGGGCAUAUACUGCCUGGCAUGAAGAAGUCGAUCAGCUUCACGUACCGCCCAACCGAGAGCAUGCAGGCAGACGUGCCCCUGCCGGUCCAAGUCGCUGGCAUCACUCAGGAUGGCGAUGUCCAGGACUGGGAUGACACUCGCAUGGAGGAAGUGGAGGGAGAGGAGCCUGCCGCGGUCUCCGAGCCUGCACAUGCGGUGGUGGAAGGCACAGCUCGCGAAAUGCCGCUGAGGAUCCUGGCGGCGGCGGACCAGAUGGCUUACGACUGCGGGACGGAGCGGAUACACUUCAGUCCGACCGUCCUCUUCCAGACCCGGCUGCAUCGCUUCACAGUAGCAAACCCUUCGAAGAUUGCGCUUCCGUACAACUGGCGAAUCCUUCCAGCGAGUGGUGCAGAUGCCUCGACUGGGUCGCAAGCAUAUGCCAUCACGCCCGUUCGAGGUACGAUUGCAGCGGGCAGCGCCCAGGAGUUCCAGAUUCGGUUUGCGCCGAAGGAGGUGCACGACUUCGCCGGGAUUCUGGACAGUCGGAUGCCGAUCCAGGAUCCGCUUCGCAUCCGCUUGCAAGCUUCUGCUCUGCGACCCUGGUGCCACUUCGAGGUCCCCAACAGCGACUACAGAUCACGACGUCAAGCGGAGACGCCUCUGGAUCCGAAGUACCAGGUCAUUGAGUUCGAGUCGCUGGGCACGCGGGUACGGAACACCAAGCGGUUUUAUGUGCUAAACCCCACCUCCGACACCUACGAGUUCCACUGGAUGCCCGAAGAGUCUGACAAGAGGGAGACUGAGGACCCCUUCCGUUGCCUCACGAAGCGGGGCACCAUCCUCCCCGGGAAGAAGUACGAGAUGCUUUUCGAGUACUUGCCAGCAGACACGGAGAUCCACGAGUCGCGGUGGCUCUUCUCCGUGCCCGGCAAGCAGGCCUCCCAAGCCUUCGUCCUGGUGGGAACGGUGAAGGAACCGCGGAUGGGAUUGGAUCGCCCCUGCAUCAAGUUCAACCGUCUUCUGCUUGGUGGCAAAGCGAUCGAGAAGGUCUGCAUCGUCAACAAGGAGCAUCUGCCCUUCAGCUUUGCCUUCGACCAUAAGAGCUACGAAGCGGACGGGCCGGCGGCGAUCUCCCUGUCCCCGGACUCUGGCGUUGUUGGCCCCGGUGCAUCCUUCCCGAUCGAAGUGAAGUUCUCUCCGAACGAGGAGCGCUUCUUCAAUUACAAUGUUGUGUGCAACAUCAAGCGCAAGGAGAAGCCCCUCCUCCUGAACAUCAAAGGAGAAGGCUACAAAAUCCACACGAAGCUCGUUCUGGAGGAAGCAGAUCGAGAAGGCAGAGUUCUACACCCUGGCGUCAAGGAACUUCUGGACUUUGGGGAUAUGCAGGUGCAGGAGAGGCAAAGCUUCACUUUGAAGCUCAGCAGCCCAACCUUCGAGCGGGAUCACGCGGCAGCGGCAGAAGCAGCAGAUGAGCAAGUUGCCGUGAGCUACGACUUCAUCUGGCAACUGCGCAGCGCGACCGGCCGGCUGAUGACCCCACAGGCGGAGGUGCCACCCUACCUGACGAUUACGCCUGUGCACGGGGUGGCGACACAAGAUGGCGAGACCGUCAUCACCAUCGAGUACUCGCCCACCGAUGCACACAAGUUGGAUGGGGCCUCCCUGCGAAUGCUCAUCCCCUCAGGCCCUGACGAUGCCAGCUACACCCUGGGCCUGGCCGGCCGUGCCUACAGGCCGAUGCUGGAUUUCUCCACGCAGAACCACGACUUCGGGCCCUGCUUCGUCAAGCGAACCGCGGCCAGCGCCGGCGAGCCCUCCCAAGGGAAAACGCCUCUGGAGCGGCUGGACCUCACCGUCACCAAUCGAGGCAUGACGGACUGUUGGCUCUCCACGACCUUCCAGCGAACGAGCUAUCUGGAUGUGCAGCUGCCGGCAUCCAUGGUGGAAGCUGGUUCGUCCCUUGUGGUGCCAAUUAUCUUUACUCCGAAGGACUACGUCGACUAUCGAGAGUGUAUUGAGUUCGUCGUGAACGACUGCACCAAGUACUACAUAAACCUUCGAGGUCAGGGCUGCCCCCUCCAGCUAGAAGCUGCUUCGUUGGCCAUGCAGAACGUGGACUUCGGUGUGGCUGUUGGCAACACAGGUGUCAGCCGCAGCUUGCGAGUGGUGAACCGGUCGGUGCGGCCUGUGGAGUUCUCCCUUCAAGAUGCUGAUGGCAAGCUGGCCGAGAAGUGCGUCUCCUGGUCCCCGACAAUGCCCGUGAAGCUGAGGCCGAAAGAGCAGACAUCUUUCGAGCUGCGCUACAAGCCCUCCUUCCCAAUGCCGGUCUUCAAGCUGCCGCUGGUCGCCAGCUGCAACUUCGGCAUCGACAUGCAGAUUUGUCACGUCACUGGCAGCUGCCAUGCUGCCGAAGUGCGCUUGUCUGAGCAUUCCCUCCUCUUUGGUGACGUCGUCUUCGGUGCCACAAGUACCAAGCGCGUUCAUCUCCACAACUUCGGAGACUUGGGUGUGAAGUUCCGCUUCGACGUGCCUACGAAGUUGCUGAACACCUUCUCGGUGGAGCCUUCAGAGGGCUAUGCGGCUCCCCGAGACGAUGUCCUUCUCCAGGUGAAGUUCCACCCGCAGAGGUCUGGUGGAUCGGAUUCCCAGCCAAAGCGACUGCGCUGCCUCCUGGAUCCUCCAUACCAGCAGGAGCCAAUCGAGCUCAUCGUCCAGGGAAAUGGCAUGGAACAGCCCGAAGACUCCGCGCUGCAACUGCAGUUCUCGGCCGAAGUGCGAGAGAGGAAAACUCAAGAGGUCACAUUCCCACCUAGCGGGAAGAACACGAGUUCAGAGCCAUGGAAGGUCCGGCCAGUGAUCAACACAGAGAUUCCUGCGGGUGAGACGUUCUUCUCCUGCCCUGGAGAGAUCACAGUGCCGGCCGGAGGGCAGGCGACCAUCCCCAUCACCUACAGGCCCCUCACCAUGACGCGCGCGGCCACAGAGGCGGAUGAAGAUACGUCGCCAGCAAAGGGCAAGAAGAAGGAUCCCGUCCCAGCGAAGCACGUUGGCCGGCUCUUUGCUUCGACGCCGGACGGAAGCGCCUUCGUGUGGACGCUGGAAGGCGUUUCGAACCCUCCCGGCCAAGACAAGAAGCUGACGGCGGAAGUGCAGUGCAAGACGCCACAUGUCCAGAGCAUUCCACUGACCAACUGGCUUCAGCAGAACCAGCGCUUCCAUGUGGAGAUUAACCUGGUGCAACCAGCCGAAGCGACAGAGGAGAUCAAGCUGAAUGGCAUCGGCACCUUUGAUGUGCCGGCAGGACAAGCAAAGGACUACAAGUUCAACGUUUAUGCUUACAGAGAAGGCGCCGCCGUUGUACGGAUUGUCUUCACCAAUCCGAAGACCGACGAAUUUGUUGGUUAUGAGAUCAGCUUCAAGUUUGUGGCGCCGAAAUCCAUCGACACUCUCCGCUUCAACACUGUUUGCCGUCAAGUGGCUACGCGAUCCAUAUCGGUCAUGAACCCACUGUCUUCCGUGGCGAAGUUCAAGUGCCAGGCCACACACCAGGAUUUCCGAUUCUCGCAGAACGAGUUCUCCGUGGCGCCCAACUCAGAAGCCACGGUGGACGUUCUCUUCCGGCCAGUGAUCGUGGGAUCUGGUGAGGCUAAGCUUUCGCUGAGUUCUCCUGAGCUUGGCGACUUCCCGUACACAGUGGAGUACGCGGCCAAAGCCGCAG